AUGGAAACACCUACAUCACUAACCUUGGUUGAUAACGAGUGUGGCGAUAAAGAGAGCAAAAUAAAAAAGGAACGCAAAUCUAAAACAAAGAUUAAAAAUGAUAAACCAAGAAAAUCGUCGUCAAACAUCAUUUCUAAAAAGAAAGAAAAGAAAACAACACUCGUAAUGAAAGAAUUGAAAAAAGUUCAAGUUCGAAAAAACAAAGACUCUUUGACGACGAAAAAGGAACCAACAUUUCUAGAAUUAUCCUCCACAGAAGAAAAAAUAGCGUCCAUGUUUAAUAACAUAAAACCCAAAAAAGAUUCUCCGUCUCCUCCUGUAUCAGCUAAAAAGAAAACCUCAAAACUACAACCACCUUCUCAAUUAAUAUCCCAGCUAAGAGAUUUUCUACCAAGAAUUGCGUCUGAAAAUGAGAAACUUACCUACGCAGAUCCAGACAGCAUCAAUGUUGAACACAUUGAAGAAAAUGAUGAACAAAUAAUAGAAUGGGAUCUAGGACUUGGUGUUUUCGAAGUGAUUAAAGAAUCUAGUGAAGAUGAUAUAAUAAUGGAUAUAAACGCAAAACAGUCAGGUCAAUCGAAGCCUUCAAUUACCGUCCUUACAUGA